AUGUCCGUGAAGGUGUUUCUCUCGAUUCUGCUUCUCCACUCGGCAAGUGCAUCGGGAAAAAAUCAAAAUCAAAACAAAAGGUCCCUUUAUGAAAGUACCGGAAGCAUCACUGGUGGACAAAUUGGAAACCUGGGCACCAGUCUGCCUGGAGGAGGUCUUUCAGGGUCAUUGACAUCUGGCCUUGGAUCGUCCGAUGGGUCUUCAAACUUUGGAGGACUUUCUUCAGGGCUGUCGGGAUAUUCAAGCGGGGGUCUUUCUUCAGGAUAUCCCACAUUAGGACUUUCAUCGGGAUAUUCCAUCGGAGCACUUUCUUCAGGAUAUCCCACAGUAGGACUUUCUUCAGGACUUUCAUCUGGAUACUCUAGCGGAGGACUUUCUUCAGGAUAUCCCACAACAGGUCCUUCUUCGGGGAUUUCAUCUGGAUAUUCUAGUGGAGGACUUUCUUCGGGAUAUCCUACUGUAACACUUUCUUCAGGACUUUCAUCUGGAUAUCCUAGUGGAGGACUUUCUUCUGGAUUCUCCGGAAUUUCUCCUGGAUCCUUCUCAGUUUUCCCCUCAAACAGUAUUUCUGCAUCCUUCCCAUCACUCUCCUCAGCCUCUAUUUCAGGUGGUUCACCAGACUUUUCCUCGCUCACCACCCUCGGUGUUGGUACCCCUGUAGCCCUAGGACAACACGUGACUGUAACCAACCGUGUCGCAGUCCCGGUUCCUCAGCCCUACCCUGUCGCAGUCCAUCGUGACGUUGCUGUGCCUGUGGCUCAACCUGUCGCAGUUCCGGUCGACAGGCCUGUCGCUGUGCCCGUGUCCCGGCCCUACCCUGUGACUGUGGUGAAGCAUGUAGCCUAUCCUGUGGAGAGGCGAGUGCCGUACGCUGUGCCGCAGCCUGUGCCGUAUCCUGUUUACAAGCCUGUAGCCGUGCCUGUGGCCAGGCCGGUGCCUGUCGCGGUGUAUAGGGAUGUGGCUGUAGCGGUUCCCAAACCUGUUGUCGUCCAUGAACACAGGCCUGAGUGUGUUGGUGUCGUGUUGUUGGCAGCCCUCGCCCUUGCCGAGGAGGCGAAGAAGACGGAAGAAGUCAAGAAGACAGAGGAUAACAAGGACUCCAAGACAGAGAAGAGAGGACUUUUUGGUCUGGGCUAUGGAUAUGGCGGAUACGGUAGCUACGGAGGUUACGGUCUCGGCCAAGGAUACAGUCUCGGCCACAGCUCUCUGCUCAGCGGCUACGGUGGUGGAUACGGUGGAAGCUACGGAGGCUACAGCGGUGGAUACGGCCUAGGAGGCUACGGUCUGGGAGGUCUCGGCUACGGUAGCUACGGUCAAGAGGGAGUCAUCAAGGCUGUCACCAUCCACAAGGAGGUUGCUGUCCCUGUACCACAACCGUACCCCGUCCACGUGGAGAAGAAGGUGCCUUACCCCGUCAAGGUUGCUGUGCCAUACCCCGUCGACCGCCCCUACCCCGUCCACGUACCCAAGCCAUACCCCGUUCCUGUAGAGAAGCCCGUGCCAUACCCCGUCGAGAAGCCAGUGCCUUACCCCGUGAAGGUUCCAGUCAAGGUACCUGUUGCACACCCAGUGCCUUACCCAGUGCCUAAGCCCUACCCCGUCCACAUCGAGAAGAAGGUACCUUACCCCGUACCCCAGCCUGUGUACGUCCACAAGCCUGUCCCCGUGUACGUGAAGAGCCACGACUACGAACACUACAGCGGCUACGAGACUCCCAGCUACGGCGGCAGCUAUGGUGGAAGCUACGGCAGCUAUGGAGGUUAUGAAGGCAGCAGCUACGGCAGCUCCGACCACGGUUACAGCUCCUACCACUAAAACAUCCAAGACAAUCUCACCGACCAAAUUGGGUACCCACCCUAGACUACCUGUUUUUAUUGUAUUAUUUUGUAAAUAAAUGUUACAAAUUUCUAUAAA